CUCCUCUCCGCACUGGGCAGAUUCAUCCCCAACUACAGGUGCAGCUCCCUCAGCAAUCCGGUAGCUGCCAUCGCGGGACCAAGUGCUCCCUUUUGUAACCACAUGGCAACCAUUCUGAGCACCUACAAGAUUCCACAGAUAACGUACGCUUCUACUUUAGUUAAGAAUGACCAAGGCCGACUCCUUUCCUUUCAUCACAUGUUUCCAAAUGCAGCCCAUCAAUAUAUGGGGAUUCUCCAAUUACUGCUGCAUUUCAGUUGGACAUGGAUCGGAGUGAUUUAUACGGAUGAUGACAAUGGGGAAAGUUUUGUACACGAUGUGCUUCCCAUGUUUUCCAAGAGAAACAUCUGCUUUGAUUUCAUAGAAACAUUUCCCACCAUAACUUUUUCCACUGAGAUUGAAGAUAUGAUAUCAGAAGGGAAGGAAUUGUUUAGUGUUGCCGUGAGAAGCUCAGCCAAUGUAGUCGUUGUUUGUGGUGAAAGUCAAACCAUGGCAGUUAUGAGAACGUUGCUGAAUGUUUUAGCAUUUGACAAUGAACCUGUGGAGACAAAAGUCUGGAUUAUGACUGCUGAGAUGGAGUUCUCUUCACUUGCCUUUCAAAGAGGAUGGAGCAUACACUUCAUACACAUGGGGCAAUUCUCUCUCUCGAAUUUAACUAAGGCGCUACUUGCCGGAUUCCAGAAAUUCGUGCAGAUGAGAAACCCUACAGUGGACAAUGAAGAUGGCUUCAUAAAAGACUUCUGGGAAAAUGCAUUUGCCUGUUCUUUCACCCAAUCCAUGGAGGAGGUGAAUGAAGAGCAAAUUUGCACUGGAAGGGAGAAAUUGGAGAAUCUUCCCAAGACAAUUUUUGAGAUGAGCAUGACUGGCCACAGCAACAGUGUGUAUAAUGCUGUAUAUGCUGUAGCCUAUGCCUUACAUGCGAUGCAUUUACAAAGACUCAAGCACUCAGUAACAGGGGAUGAAGACAGACAGAAACAUCUGGAUCAAAAGUGUUGGCAGCUCCACCUCUUUCUGAGAGGAGUCUCGUUCAACAACAGCGCUGGGGAGAAGGUUGCCUUCAACCACAAUGGAGAGUUAAUAGCUGGAUUUGAUAUUAUCAAUUGGGUCACAUUCCCAAACCAGUCCUUCCUCAGAGUCAAAGUUGGGAAGAUAGACCCUGGAGCUCCCUCACACAAAGUGCUCACUAUCGAUGAAGAGGCCAUCAUAUGGCCCAGCAGGUUCAACCAGAUGCUGCCCAAUUCGAUGUGUAAUGAACCGUGCAUUUUGGGUAAUAGUAGGAAAAAGGAAGAAGAGAAACCGUUUUGUUGCUAUGAUUGUGCGCCAUGUCCGGAAGGGAAGAUUUCAAACCAAACAGACAUGGAUGACUGUUUCCAGUGUCCCGAAGAUCAUUAUCCUAACAGACACCAAGAUUCAUGCCUUCCAAAAGACGUCAGCUACCUGUCUUAUGAAGAACCUUUAGGGACUAGUUUGGCUAUUUUUGCACUUUCCCUUUCUUUCAGCACAGCUUGGGUCUUGGGAACUUUUGUGAAGCACCAAAAUACGCCUAUUGUGAAAGCCAACAACCGCAGCCUCUCCUACAUUCUCCUUGUCUCUCUCUUCCUGUGCUUCCUUUGUGCUUUGCUCUUCAUUGGACGACCUGAGAAAGGGACCUGCCUCAUCCGUCAAGCUGCAUUUGGCUGCAUUUUCUCAAUGGCUGUUUCUUGCGUGUUGGCCAAAACCAUCACUGUGAUUCUAGCCUUCGUGGCUACCAAGCCAGGGUCCAGGAUGAGGAAAUGGGUGGGGGGAAGACUCGCCAGCUCAAUAGUAAUUUCUUGCUCCCUUUUUCAAGCCACUCUUUGUUCUGUGUGGCUUGCAAACUUUCCUCCAUUCCCACAUUUUGAUUUGCACUCAGAAACAAGAGAAAUCAUUCUGGAAUGUAAUGAAGGGUCAGUGGCCAUGUUUUACUGUGUCUUGGGCUUCAUGGGGUUGCUGGCAGCUGUGAGCUUCACUGUGGCCUUCCUAGCCAGGAAGUUACCAGAUAGUUUCCAUGAAACCAAAUCCAUCACCUUCAGCAUGCUGGUCUUCUGUAGUGUGUGGAUGACCUUUGUCCCAACCUACUGGAGCACCAAGGGGAAAUAUAUGGUGGCUGUGGAAGUCUUCUCCAUCUUGACUUCCAGUGCCAGCUUAUUGGGAUGUAUCUUCUUCCCCAAAUGCUACAUCAUUGUGCUGAGACCUGAUCUGAAUAAGAAGGAACAACUCAUAAAGAGAAGAAAAUGA